AUGACUUUCGAGAACUUCACCACGUUUACAGACUUUGUCUUCUUAGGACUUUCCAGCAGACAGGAUGUGCAACAGGGCCUCUUCGCUUUCUUCUUCCUUGUUUAUAGCCUGACUGUAAUUGCUAAUCUAGGGAUGGUCAUAUUAAUUAAAUUGGACAGCAGGCUUCACACACCUAUGUACUAUUUCCUGAGCAAUCUGUCCAUCUGUGACAUCUGCUACUCCUCUACAGUCUCUCCCAAGAUGCUGGCUGAUUUCUUGUCUAAAGAGAAGAUGAUUCCUUAUAAUUUAUGUGCUGUUCAAAUGUAUUUUUUCGGGGCCUUUGCAGAUGUUGAAUGCCUCAUGCUAGCUGUGAUGGCCUAUGAUCGCUAUGUUGCCAUCUGCAAUCCCCUGCUUUAUACAAUUGCAAUGUCCAAGAAGGUCUGUAUCCAGCUUGUGGCUGUUGCCUAUGCAGUAGGCUUGGUGGAUUCAGCAAUCCACACAUGCUGUACAUUCCGACUGUCCUUCUGCAAUUCAAAUGUCAUCAACCACUUUUUCUGUGACAUUCCACCCUUGCUGGCCCUCUCCUGCUCAGAUACAUCCAUUAAUGAAAUAGUGAUGUUCACAUUCAUUGGCUGCGUGGUAGGGUGCAGCAUUGUCACUGUCCUUCUCUCCUACUGCUACAUCAUUGCUACAAUCUGCAGGAUGAACUCUGCUGAGGGCAGACGCAAAGCAUUUUCCACUUGUGCCUCCCACCUCAUGGCUGUGGCCAUUUUUCAUGGAACUCUGCUUUUCAUGUAUUUCCGGCCCAGCUCAAGUUACUCCAUGGACACAGACAAAAUGGCCUCUGUUUUCUACACAGUUAUAAUUCCUAUGUUAAACCCACUGAUCUACAGUUUGAGAAAUAAGGAUGUGAAGGCGGCUCUGAAGAAGGCAAUCAAUAUUAACUCAUGGCCUGGAUGA